GCCCAUCCACUGGUUAUAUGGGCUCCAACGCAGGCAAAAAAAAGAGUGAAUAUGGUAGUUAAACGCAGACAAAAUUUCGUUCGGCCACGGAGAUAAAAAGAAGUUUGACCGACGUUGGACCAUAGAACAAACGAAAAAAUGGCUAUAUCUUACCAAUGGCCGGCGAUCUGGGACCUCUAGGGCGGGAGGAAGAAGGUGCAGGAGUGGCGCCGUCGUCGGGCUGCUUCUCCGGCAACAAGUGCGGUGAGGCGAACGGGAAUGGGCCUUCUCCGGAUCUCCGUCUUCUCCGACAACGCAGGGACAGAGGUGAUGGCAGCUGGCCGGGAAGGCUGUGGCUGGAGGAACAGAGACAGAGGUCGGCGGUGAGAAACAGAAGGCCUGUGCAAGGGGAGAAACAGAGACCGGCAAGGAGAGACAGAGGUCGACGAUGGCCAGCGAGCUGGGACGACUACGAUGGGAGGAAGAAUGAGUGCAGGAGUGGCGUCAACGUCGAGCUUCUUCUCCGGCAACAAGUGCGGUGGGCGAACGGGAAUGCACCUUCUCCGGAUCUUCGUCUUCUCCAACAAUGCAAACCCACCAGUGACAGUGAGGCAGAGGUCGACGAGGUUGGAGCUUGGGGAGCAGGUGAGAGAGAAGAGUGAAGGGCAGUUUGUCGGCUUGGGCAGUUUGUCGAUAUGCAGGGGCGAUGUACGACAAGUCGAUAUGCAGGGGACAGGGGUGAUGUAGGAGAGAGGAAGUUGGACUUGUGACUUGGUCUCUUGGAGAGUGCAGUGAGAUGGACGAGAGAUAUGUUUGGACUCUAGUACAUAAUUUGAAAUUGAUAAUUGGACAAAUAGGUAAAUUAAUAUAAUUUAGGACGAUAGAAAGUAAUUUUAAGGACGUCAUUUAGCAAUCCCCAAGUAAAAAACAUCAAUAAUUAUCCCAAAUAAGACAUGUUUUAUUUG